AUGAAUAUUCAAUUUUUAUCGAUUUUUAUCGUGCUGUUUACUCUUUCCUAUUUAUGGGUUAAGAGACGAUUUAGAUUUUGGAGGGAUAGAGGAUUUCUUCAAGGCAAUCCAUCAUUUCCAUUUGGAACAUUAAAAGGUGUUGGCAGAUCAACAACGAGCGCUGAAAAUUUAGAUUAUUAUUAUAAAAAAUUCAAAGGAAAGGCUCCGGCUGUUGGACUUUAUAAUUUUCUAUCGCCAACUCUUCUUCCAAUUGAUCCUGAGUUGAUUAAAAAUAUACUCGUUCGAGAUUUCCAGUCAUUCCAUGAUCGAGGAUUUUAUUUCGAUAAGGAAGGUGAUCCACUUAGUGCAAGCAUUUUAACUCUUAAUGGUCAAGAUUGGAAAGAUCGCAGAGUAAAGCUAUCUCCAAUAUUCACAUCUGGAAAAAUGAAAAUGAUGUUUGACAUUCUUGAUGGAAUAAGUGAUAAAUUUGUUCGAACUAUUGUUCAAGAAAUUUCAAAUAUUGAUGAGCUUGAAAUGCGAUCAUGGACACAAAGGUUGACUAUCGAUAACAUCGGAAACGUUGCGUUUGGAAUCGAACCGAACUGCAUAGAAGUAAAAAACUCUGAAUUUGAGCAAAAAUGUCGAAGAAUCACUGGAUUGACAUUUUUUGAGUCAUUGCAGUUCAUUUUUGCAACAGAAUUUCCAAAUUUAGGACGAAAAUUGGGUGUCAAAUUUAUACCUAAAGAAGUUUCAUCAUUUUUUCUUGAAGCAUUCAUCGAUGCUAUUAAGUACCGUGAAAAUAACGAAGUCAAUCGGAAUGAUUUUGUAAAGCUUUUGUUGGAACUUAAAGACAUUUACACAACUAAAGAACUCGCAUCUGAAGCUUUUCUAGUCUUUAUUGGUGGAUUUGAAACAUCAAGUACGCUUAUGACUUUCACACUCUAUGAAUUAGCAUUAAAUCCAGAUAUACAGGAACGAUUGAGGGAAGAAAUUACUAACGGAAUUGAAGAAAAUGAUGGAAAAUUGACUUAUGAUAUGCUGUUUGGAUUCAAAUAUCUCGACAUGGUUAUCAAUGAGUCUUUAAGAAAGUAUCCACCUAUUCCUAAUCAAUUUAGAAGAGCUGCUAAAGAUUAUCAGAUUCCGAACACAAAACUCGUAAUUCCAAAAGGAACUAAUAUUCAAAUCAACAGCUUUUCUCUUCAGCGUGAUCCAGAAUACUUUCCUAAUCCAGAAAAGUUUGAUCCUGAAAGAUUCAAUGAAGAAAACAUCAAAAAUGUCCAACCGUACACAAAUCUUCCAUUUGGUGAUGGACCUCGUAACUGUUUGGGUAUGAGAUUUGGUUUGAUGCAAUCAAAGAUGGGAAUCGCCAAAAUUAUUAAAAGCUUUGUCGUUACAACAACGAAAAGAACACCGAUUCCAGUAAAGUUUAUCCCACCGAAUCCAUUCUUAGCACCAGUUGGUGGGAUGUGGCUUAAUCUGACUAAAGUUCAAUAA